AUGGACGACCGCCACAAGCCACCCAACCGCUCAGCCUCCAUGCCGCUUUUUCGAGAGUACCCGCAAUCGCCCAAACGCGUCGAAUUGCAAGCCUGGCAGCGCUCAGUAGAAGUAGCUCAGCGCGCAGUGGAAAAGGGAGUGCACGCACACAUAUUCCAGGGUUUCGAAACUGAAGAUUUCAAUGGCACUACUGCUACUGCUACUGCUACUGCUACUGCUACUGCUACUGCUGGUGUGGUUGAAGUAGACUCGCCUGCGAGCGACACCACUGUCAAGCAAGUCCACAGCCAGAAGAACGAUAACGACAAAGGUAUUGCACCUACAUCUGCACAUCCCUAUGGGUUCAAACACGCGAUGCACAUGAAGGCAGAGAGACGCGGUCGCUUACCCAAUGCCCUGCAUACAUCUCUGACUAACUCUGCAGUCCCUUUUGCGCGUAUGUACCACACGGAUGCCAGAGUGCCGCAUAGCAUGCCGAGUUCUAUGCGACCUUCCGGUCCGGUGAUCACGGCUGAUGCGUUCGGCUCGCCUCAGGGUCUCAAGGGUCUUUACGGCACAGCGAUGUUGCAUCAGCGGAGAAUGGCGAGUAUGCCAUCAUCGCAAUACGUGGGUCAGAUGGAUAAUCAGAUGUCGCCAGUGUCUAAGAGAUGUGUUCCUCGAGGUCAAGAGAUGGCAAAGAUCCCUGCUAUGUUUCAGCAAUACCAUUCUGAUGAAGAGAAGAGGAAUAGCGAGAGGGUAGUUGGGUUGAAUAAGGAAAACGGUGGCUUUGCUGGAUUCGGUAUACCGCAGCCGUCUCCCAGAUCCUUCAACAACACUCCUGGACACGGUCGCCAACCUACCGAUCCUUUCGUGGACUAUACACCAGAACCGAGCUCUCGUAUACUGCAGCCAUCGAAUCAGUAUCUGGUUCCAGGUCAGUCUUCCGUCGGCGCAUCCAGGUUCACUGCAGGUCUGCCAUCGCCCGCCUCUGCUUUUGCACAAAAUCUCGUUGCCACACAGCCGCUUCCUCAAGUCUUCUACAACACAGAGCCAAACACACCAGCAUGGCCGUCUUCUGCUCCCCCAACAUUCACGCUAAACGUUCCACCUAACAGGGCAUACGCACCGUCACCUUCACCGCACGUAUCUGCCCGCCCCUCUCUUCCCAUACCUCCACCUCCUCUCCCCAGCCUCGGAGCCCACUACACGCAGGAUCCCACCGGCCGCGCGCGUCUCGACUCGCAAAAGAGCGUCCGCGAAACCUGGAUUCGCACCGAAGCCACAAAGAUAGCUCAACUGUCUCGUCUCCGCCACCAAGCUGAACAGCUCUACACCAAGACCCAAACCCAAGAAGACUUUGAGCUCUGGCAGAAAGCCUCAGCCGCAUUCGCCGAGGCUACCAGUUUGGAAAAGAGGCAGGAGGAGCGCCGCGCAUUACUUCUGAAGGACAGGGAUAUGUUGCCGUUGACGACGACGAGGAAGGAGGACAUGAGUGCUGCGAUGAGGGAAUUGUUUGAGACUGCGGGUGUGGAUGGAGGAGAACGCAAGUUGUUGGGAUUUGUGAUGGCGCUUAUGGAGAGAGUCUGCGCAGAGGUCAAGGAUGGGGAGGGCCAUGAAGGCGGUAUCUCAGCGGAUAUGCUUGCGACGCUUAGUUUGGAGGAGAAGAAGGAGCUGCGUAAGCAUCUUGUUGGCCGACUCCAGAAGGUGCAAAAGUAG